AUGAGCCGGCGAUGUUCAUCCAUUUUUCAGAAAACGGGCUCGCUUCUACCAAUCAUCUCCUCUGCCUCCGGUGGUCACCUCCUGUCUGGUGGCCGUCGUCCUUACUCACUGAAGCCUCCGGGAAGGUCGUCCAGCCCCUGCUUUAGCCAAUCCUACCUUCACAUUUCUUCUCUGCUGCAAUCGUUCGUCAACCGGAAGGCCAUUGAACCCGGCAAGCAGCUCCACGCUCAUCUCAUCGUCUCGGGCCUCGGUUGCGACGCCGUCUUGGCGACCAAACUGGUGAACAUCUACUCCGUCUCCCAUUCUUUAGCUUACGCUCAGGCCCUGUUCGACAUAAUUCCCAAAGGAAACAUCUUCCUCUGGAACGUCCUCAUCCGGGGUUAUGCCUGGGACGGUCCCCAUGAGAGGGCUGUCGAGCUCUUUCAGCAGAUGCUCGACAGCGGGCUCGAGCCGGACAACUUCACCUUCCCGUUUGUCCUCAAGGCCUGCUCCGCCCUCUCCAAUAUAGAGGUGGGGAGGUGCAUCCACGACCGGGUGAUGCGUUCCCGGUGGCAGACCGACGUGUUCGUCGGCGCAGGGCUCAUCGAUAUGUUCGCCAAAUGCGGCUACGUAAGCGAAGCCCAGGAGGUGUUCGACAGAAUGCCGGCUAGAGACGCCGUGCUGUGGAACUCCAUGAUCGCCGCCUAUGCUCACAACGCCUACCCUCUGCGGGCGCUGGCCCUGUGCCGCGGCAUGGUUUUCAACAGCUUUAAGCCAACAGAGGCGACGCUGGUGACGGCCAUCUCAGCCUCCGCCGAUGCCUCAGCGCUGCCUAAGGGGCGAGAGAUCCACGGCUUCAGCUGGAGGGUUGGCUUUCACACCCACGACAAGGUUAAGACUGCCCUCAUUGAUAUGUACGCCAAGGGCGGAUGGGUCCGGGCUGCGAAGACUCUCUUUGAUCAGCUCACGGAGAAGAGGGUCGUCUCCUGGAACGCAAUGAUUUCUGGGUACUCCAUGCACGGCUACGCUUAUGAAGCGCUCGAAUUGUUCGAGAGAAUGAAAGAAGAAGGCCGGUCAAAAUGGUUAGUUCCCGAUCACAUCACCUUCGUCGGGGUCCUCUCGGCCUGCCGCCAUGGCGGCCUCUUGGAGCUCGGGUGGGACUUGUUCAACUCCAUGGCCAAAGAUUACUCGAUCACACCUACAAUUCAGCAUUACACCUGCAUGAUCGAUCUCCUCGGCCACUCCGGGAGUCUGGAGAAAGCGUACGACCUCAUCGGGAAGAUGCCCAUCAGGCCGGACUCCGGCGUCUGGGGCUCUCUGCUCAACGCGUGCAAGAUUCACAGGAACGUUGCGCUUGGCGAGGUGGCUCUUCAAAAGCUGAUAGAACUCGAACCGGACGAUGCCGGGAACUACGUCAUCCUGUCUAACCUCUACUCCAUUGCCGGGAACUGGGAAGGAGCCACCAGGAUGAGAAAGAUGAUGAAGGAGAGAGGGCUGAAGAAGGCCAUCGCUUGCAGCUGGAUCGAGAUCAAGAACGAGGUCCACACCUUCGUCGUGGGGGACAAAUCCCACCCUCGGUCGGCGGAGAUAUACGCGGAGCUCGAGGUUCUUGAAGGGCUGGUUAAGAAGACCGGCUACGUCGCGUACACCAUGCCUGUCUUCCACGAUGUCGAGGACGACGAGAAGGCCGACAUGGUCCGUUGCCACAGCGAACGGCUGGCCAUCGCCUUCGGCCUUAUAAGCACGCCUCCGAGGACGAGGCUCCUGGUCACCAAGAACCUCCGUGUCUGCGAGGAUUGCCACGAGGUCAUCAAACUGGUGUCUAGGAUCGUAGAGAGGGAGAUCAUUCUCAGAGAUGUGAACAGGUACCACACCUUCAGGGAGGGCAAUUGCUCUUGUGGUGACUAUUGGUAA